UCCGAGCAACAGAGAGGGGCAGAUACGUCGCAUACAUUGUAGACAUGGCCUGCCAGGGUACUCGCGCCAUUCUGUACGAGGCUGGUGUGCUGAAGCUGUUCGGCGCCCGCAGCCGAUGGAUUUUGCUGGGCAACGUAACAAGUGCACAGUCUGCACUAGCGGACCUGGGCGUUCUGCUAGACAGCGACGUGAUAGCAGCAGAGCGAGGUUCCACGGGAGCAUUCCUCUUGGUGGAGCUCUACCGACGUACACCUCAAGACACAAUUAUAAAGAGAGUCAUUGGAGACUGGAGGCCGCAGCUUGGGGUCCGACUGACUUCAUCAACCAUAACAUUUACUAGAAGAACAAAUCUUCAGAAAUCGACCCUCAAGGCCGUCAUGGUGGUGACAAAUAACGACAGCUUGCUCCACCUUUCGGACACCGAGGACAGGCACAUCGACACGGCCAGCAAAAUGAACUACAGGCUGUUUUGCCAUGUUGCUGACAUCGUUAACGCAAGUGUUGAGAUGGCGGUAGUCAACUCGUGGGGCUACGACGCUUGGAGUGGAAUGCUUGGCUAUCUGCACAGGGGGGACGCCGAUAUUGGGGCCAGCCCAAUGUUCGUCAUCGAGGAGCGACUGUCAAUGGUAACCUACAUCGCGGGCACCACAAGAUCCAGAGCAGAGUUCCUGUUCCGACGGCCACCGCUGUCUUUUGUGGACAACAUCUUCACCCUGCCUUUCAGCCGCUCCGUCUGGUUGGCCAGUGCUGGCCUCAUUGCAGUAAUGGGCAUCUUGCUGCACGAGGCACUGAACCAGGAAGGCAGCGUGGGAGGACAGGUGACGUGGAGCGACGUGGCUCUACUUACAGUGGGGGCCGUGUGUCAACAGGGCACUGCAGUGGAAGCCAAGGGAGCGCCUGGCAGAAUCAUCACGAUUUUCCUCUUCGUGGCUGUGAUCUUUCUGUACACUUCGUACUCCGCCUGCAUCGUAGUUCUGCUGCAGUCCUCCACGACCUCUAUCCGCACCCUGAAUGACUUGCUUCACAGUGGUCUGACCCUGGGUGCACACGAUAUCAUUUACAACAGACAUUACUUCAGGGAAGCGAGCGAUCCGAUACGGCGCGCCAUCUACAGAAAGAAGGUGAGUCCCCCAGGAGGUCCACAGAAUUUCUUACCCCUUCAAGAUGGCGUCGAAAGGGUCAGGACGAGUCCUUUUGCCUUUCACAUGGAACUAGGACCGGGCUACAAAUUCGUAUGGGACACGUUUCUUGAGGAAGAGAAGUGCAACCUGCAGACGGUUCCGUAUUUCCCUGGAACACCGGAACCAUUUGUGGCGGUUAGCAAGCAGACGGCAUUCAAGGAGAUUUUGGCAGUCGCUUAUCGCAAGGUGCAGGAGCGGGGGCUGCAGCGGCGGGAAACCCUGCGGUUCUACCACGCUAAGCCUGAAUGCACGCAGAGAGGCACCAGCUUUGUGAGCGUGGGUCUCGUGGAUUUCUAUUCUGCAGUGCUCGUGCUGGGAUACGGGAUGCUGCUGUCCCUCGGGAUCCUCCUCAUGGAAGUCUUGGUGCACAGACGGCAAAGCACAAGACAUGCGGAAAGAAGAGCAAGAGGAGCUGCACGCUAAAUUAAAUUCAUUUUCGCUCUAACGAUCACUUGCCUGUGGGUAGCUGAAUGUACUAGAAGCAGUACUAGAAGCGAAUUAGACGACCUUAAUUAGAGCAAUGCUCUCUAGCAUCGAAUGGAUAUAUCUUCGUGCAUAAUCCAGAACACAGUACAGCAACGCUGUCUGGUAGCAAAUGUGCAAAUCUGUGUUAGGAUAAAAUGGAAUAGAGCAACAUUGCCUAGAAGCAAAUAGAUGAAAGUACACUUGCUUAAUUUAAUGUACACCAACGCCAUCUAGAGCGAAUAUAUGCAUUUGUCUUUGAAUUUGCCAAAAGACGGCCACGCUAUCUAUAAGCGAGUGUAUGCAUUUGCUUUUGCAUAAACCAAUACACAGAAACAAUCUUUAGUAGUGUAUGUAUGCUUUUGUUUGCAUAAGCGAAAUAGCAGUACCUUCUAGGAGCUAGGUUGUGCCUUUGCCUUUGUUUAAACUAAUCUAGAGUGUCGUUGUCUAGGACCGAAUAUACUUUGUGUGCAUUUCCCUUUGCAUGGAACAAAACAGAGUAAUGUUGUCCUGUAGCAAAGAUAUUCAUUUGCUUUGCAUUUACCAAAUUACAGCAAGAAUAUACAUUUCUAUCGAUGAGGAAGCCAAAAGUUCUCAACAGAAGAAGGCCGACUUGUAUGCCUAAGUUGCAUUAUGAAGCUUCCACGUGGCUAGAACCUGAUGAUAAUGAUUGUAUACGAUCCUAAAGCAAAUAAAACUUCAAUGCAAAUAUGCAAGUCUAUCUGUAUCGUCAGAAUUCCACCUUCACAGCGCAAUUCAGGUAUUUACAAAAAACAUAAUGUAAUGUACUCGGGCUUCUUAAUUUGUUUGAAUAAACGUCGUUUUAAAUUGUCAUGAUACCAAAG